AUGAACAUUUCAGAGAACAGUUCCAUAGAAUCGUCAUCCACCUAUGAAACUCCACAUUCGAGAAGUAUAAAAUACUAUAUUUUUGUUACGAUGGCACCGCCAGCACUGCUUCUGAACAGUCUUCUUAUCUUCUAUCUCGUUGCUGAUCGAACACUUCGUGGCACUCUUCACUAUCAUGCCGUUUUAGCAUUACUCAUUGUCACUUUUCUCACUAACUCUAUCGAAGUACCACGCAUCAUUCAUUAUCUGCACUUAGGCAUUGUUUUACCACAAACCGAUCUCAACUCGCUGUCACGGUUCGCNCUUAUGAACAGUCUUCUUAUCUUCUAUCUCGUUGCUGAUCGAACACUUCGUGGCACUCUUCAAUAUCAUGCCGUUUUAGCAUUACUCAUCGUCACUUUUCUCACCAACUCUAUCGAAGUACCACGCAUCAUUCAUUAUCUGCACUUAGGCAUUGUUUUACCACAAACCGAUCUCAACUGUUUGAUAUGGCAAUGUUGUGAUUAUCUCUUGUUCAGCUCUGUCAAUGUUCUCAUGUGUUGGACAUCGAUCGAACGGUAUCUCUUCAUUUUUCAUCGAAAUCUCUUCACAACUGCCAGAGGUCGACUGUUGUAUCAUUACAUACCAUUUGUGAUCAUCAUCGUCUAUCUCGUUCUUUUCUACAUUGGAGUUAUUUUCAUCUACCCGUGUGAUGCACAGUUCGAUUUCAGUCAACCACUCUGUGGAUUCCCAUGUUACACAACUCAAGCAGUCAUCUCAUUCUAUGAUCUGUUUGCUCACAGUUUCUGUCCGAUGUGUGUGGAUGUUUCACUCAACGUAGUGCUGAUCAUUCGUGUGUUGUAUCGAAAACGAGUUGGUCUCCUGCAACAACAACAACACCAUCACGCCAAAGAAUGGCAGAAAAAUUGUAAAAUGAUUGUUCAACUAUUGUUCAUCACAUGCACGUAUUUGGUGUUUCAAGUGCCUUUUGACACGAUGGUGCUGCUGCUGGUGUUUGUUAGUUUACCGGAAUGGGCGAUUCGUCUGCAAGCAAUGUAUUUUUAUUAUUUUUUCUGGUGGUUGACAUUAGUUUUACCAUUCGUGUGCAUGAUAUGCUUGCCAGAAUUAAAGCCAGGGAACGAUCAAACAGAUCUUCGACGUGGAAAUAUGCUUUCGUGGACUUUAGUUUUGCGCAUAUUAUUUAGUACAACACUAUGGCAAAUUAUGGCUGAUGCCCGAACAGUUGUAACUAGUCACCAAAAUCCGUCCGAUGUAAAACAUUUCGAACACAAAUUAGACACAAAUAUAGGCUAUUGGUCACCAAGUACCAGUUCGAUCGAUUGGUGUGAACGUAAUUAUGUUGUAACUCAAUAUAUUGCUGAAUUUUGGAAUUGCAUUUCGAGCUUUUCCAUGUGCAUAUUGGGUGCAAUAUUAUUCGUCCGAGGUUUAUAUAACAAACUCGAAACUCGAUUUCUAUUAUCUAGUUUGGGUUUUGCUUUCGUUGGACUUGGCUCGGCAUAUUUUCAUGGUACGUUAACACACUUGGGUCAAAUGUUCGAUGAACUGCCGAUGGUCUAUUCGAUGAUUGUUUGGUGGUUUAUAUUAUUCCGAAUGAACGAUUCGAAAACGAUCAAAAGUAUCAUCUUCGCGAUUGAUUUAUCAGUUCUUUUUGGCGUCUUUUACGGAUUGCUUUGGACUUAUGUGCAUAGUUUACAGACAUUUGUGUUGGUAUUUCAAGCACAUAUGAGCUUGAUGGUUAUUGGAGCCAUAAUGAAACUGAUUUAUUUGUAUCGUCAGCCGUAUCAUCACAUCUAUCAACUUAAAUACAUCAUCAUCGUCUAUAUUGUUUUGUUAAUCUCCGCAUUCGUCUCUUGGACUGUGGAUCAACAAUUAUGUGAAACAUUCAAUAACAAAAGUCCAUUCAAUCCACAAUUACAUGCUUGGUGGCAUGUACUCGGUGCUUUUCAUUGCCAUCUUGGAAUAGUAUGCAGCGAGGCGAUGCGUCUUCUGACAAUUAAAUAUAAACAACAUAAGAGUAGAAACCCGAAACAACCGUUCAAGCCAGAAAAUAAUAUACAAUUUGUUCUCUAUUUGGGAUUACCUUAUGUUGAUUAUUCGAAAGAAACACAAACGCCUGAAAGAAAAAUUCAGUAG